AUGCAUUUUCCGGAGUCGAAACCUCCUGUUGGAGACGUCGCCGUCGAUGUCAGCGACACAGAGUUGGGCACUACGGCCCCAACUAACGAACUGAAAAGAAGUCUUAAGAAUCGGCAUAUGCAGAUGAUUGCUAUUGGCGGUUCGAUUGGCGCCGGUCUCUUUGUUGGAUCCGGUGGCUCUCUUUCCGCUGGUGGUCCGGCUUCCUUGGUUAUAGAUUUCACAAUUAUUGGUAUCAUGUUGCUUUUCACAGUCCAUGCCCUCGGCGAGUUAGCUGUUCUUUAUCCCAUUAAUGGCGCUUUCUACACUUAUUCAGUUCGUUUCAUCGAUCCUGCGUGGGGUUUUGCCAUGGGUUGGAACUACGCUUUCAACUGGCUUAUCGUCUUACCAUUUGAACUGGUCGCCUCAUCUAUUACACUACAAUUUUGGAGCGACAAACUGCCAAACCAGGGUAUAUUCAUUGCGAUCUUCCUUGUCGGUGUCAUUAUUAUCAACAUCUUCGGAGUUAAGGGCUAUGGCGAAGUCGAGUUCCUUCUUGGGAGUGUCAAAGUUGUCGCCAUACUUGGAUUCAUCAUAUUGGCUAUCGUUAUCAAUGUCGGCGGUGUUCCUACGGAUACUCGUGGUUAUCUCGGAGCCAAGUACUGGAGUGAUCCUGGCGCCUUUCGCAACGGGUUCAAAGGCUUCUGUAGUGUGUUCGUCACUGCUUCUUUCGCUUUCGGUGGAACCGAGCUUGUCGGUUUGUCGGCAGCUGAGACCGAGAAUCCUCGCAAGACUCUCCCAAAGGCCACUAAACAAGUCUUAUGGCGUAUUAUGAUCUUCUACGUUAUUUCGCUGUUCCUCCUCGGUCUCGUUGUGCCAUCCAAUGAUCCUUUACUCGCCAACGCUAGCGGUGCUCAAACCAAGUUCUCCCCCUUCGUCCGCGCCAUGACUCUCGCCGGUAUCCCAGUUUUGCCCAGUAUCUUCAAUGCCGUUAUUUUGAUCUCCGUUAUCUCUGUCGCAAACACUUGCUCCUAUGGAUCUACCCGUACACUUCAAGCUUUGGCUAUGCGUGGUCAUGCCCCUAAGAUCUUCGCCAAGAUUGACUCCAAGGGUCGACCGAUCUAUGCACUUUUGCUUGCUCUCACUUUCGGUUUCCUCGGAUUCAUCGUACUUGCACCAAACGGAGAAACCAUCUUCUUCUGGCUUCUUGCUUUGUCUGGGUUGUCCAACUUCUUCUCUUGGGGUUCUAUCAACCUUGCCCAUAUCCAAUUCCGUCGUGCUUGGAAGAUGCAGGGGCGCUCCUUGGAUGAACUACCAUUCAGAGCUGGAUUUGGCGUUUGGGGCUCGUAUAUUGGCCUCAGUCUCAAUAUUCUCUGCUUGAUUGCACAGUUCUACGUUGCUCUUUUCCCCAUUGGUCGCAAACCAGAUGUCGAAACUUUCUUCCAGAGCUACCUCGCUGCCCCAGUUGUUCUCAUAAUGUUCUUGGGGUAUAAGGCUUUCACCCGUGACUGGAAGUUCGGUGUUAACCUUAUGGAAGUUGAUCUCGACGCCGGCCGAAGGGAUCUUGAUAUCUCUGAGAUUAUCAGACAAGAGAACGAGGAGAAGGCCCAGUGGUCAACUGCUAAGAAGGCAUACGACUGGUGCUGCUAA